AUGCUCGCCAAACUCUCCUGGCUUCUUUUAUUUCUUCCAUUUGUUUCAUCAAGGUGUUUUCUUCUCAACUUUGCACCUGAACUUUCUUUUUUCAGUUUGACCAAUGAAUCAGCCAGGGAUAAAUCCAGCGCCGACAUUUGGCUUGUGGUAAUCAUGUGUCUUGUCUUUUGUUUUGCCGUGAGGCACGCAAAUGAUUUUUACACAGGCGAUACCGUGAGUGACAUUUUUUCACUGUGACUUUUGUAGUUCUGAACUUUUAGGUUACCUUGGUAGGAGAAGGCGAAUGGGGAACGAGGUUCAGUAGAAAUCCAUGGAAGAAGCGAAGGCUGCAGUUUGUCGAAAGAGACUUCAAGGAGAUGUUCGAUCAGCUCCAGGCUCAUUCUGAAGCUGAAGCUGAAGUGGAGGAUGAGAGCGACGGUUGCUGUUCGUACUACGAAGAACCCAAAAUUCAUUUCAAUUUCAAGAAAGCUUAA